GAUUGAUUGAGUUAAGACUUGAAUUAAUCGAAUUGAUAGAUCAACUAACAACACUGACUAGAACAACCAUCAAGACUUCAAUCAGCAGCCUAAAGCUACAUAAUCGAUUUCAGAGAAAGAAAUCAAGAAAGAAAUCAAGAAAGAAUGCCAAUAAACCUUCGAAUUGGAUCAAGUUGGUCGACUCAUUCGAUUUUAAAAAGAAAAGAUAAAAACAAAUCAAACAAAUCUAACUCAAACCAUCAUCAAGAUCACAAUCAAAUCAUCAGAGAAGAAGAAGAAGAAGAAGAAGAACAACAACAACAACAACAACAACAACAACAAGAACACUCAUUAUCAUCACUUCAUAUAGCCAAUCAAUUCAAUCAGACUCAUUCAAAUUCAAAUUAUCAUCAUUUACAUCCUACACCACCUUUACCUAAUCGACCUACUUCAAAUCUUCAUCAACAAUCCUUCAACAAUCUAAAUGAUUCUUCUUCAAAUUCAAACUUACCUUCUUUACAACCAUUCUCUCCUGAAUAUACAAUUGCUAUCUUACAUAUUCAAAACAUUAGUUCGGCUAUCAAAACUACCAUCGAAUCUAGAUUAACUUCAACUGGUUUCAAAUUCACUUCUCAACUUACUAUAAACCUUUCGGAAGAUCAUCAAGAUCAUCUGAUAAACGAUCUGAGUCCAAUCGCUAAAUCUGGUUUUCAAAGUGGUUUAAAUUUGAUUUAUCUUUUAAACAGAGCUAGAGCUAUACAAGUUUGGAAAGAUUUAGUGGGUCAAUCUAAUUUCAUUCCUACUACAAAUCAUUCAUCGGAUUCUACUCCUACUACUAUCUCAAGACCUGGUUCUUUAUCUUCAAUGUUUGGUAAAGAUGUCAUUUGGGCUGCUGAAAAUUUAGAGCGAGAAUGGACUUGA